AUGGCGGUGAAUCGCAUCCGGGGCGCCUUUGCCGCGCCUCGGAAGGGAGAGACAUUCGAGCUGCGGGCCGGCCUGGUGUCGCAGUAUGCCUACGAGCGGAAGGAGUCCAUCCAGAAGACCAUCAUGGCCAUGACGCUGGGCAAGGACGUGUCGGCCCUGUUCCCGGACGUCCUCAAGAACAUUGCCACGUCCGACCUGGACCAGAAGAAGCUGGUCUAUCUCUAUCUCAUGAACUACGCAAAGACACACCCAGACCUCUGCAUUCUCGCCGUCAACACGUUUGUGCAAGACUCGGAAGACCCGAACCCGCUGGUGCGAGCGCUGGCCAUCCGCACAAUGGGAUGCAUCCGCGUGGACAAGAUGGUCGACUACAUGGAGGAGCCGCUGCGGAAGACGCUGCGGGACGAGUCGCCGUACGUGCGCAAGACGGCGGCCAUCUGCGUGGCCAAGCUGUUUGACCUGAACCCGGCCAUGUGCAUCGAGAACGGCUUCAUCGAGACGCUGCAGGAGAUGAUUGGCGAUCCCAACCCCAUGGUGGUCGCAAACUCGGUCCAGGCGCUGGCCGAGAUCAGCGAGACGGCGCCCGAGACGAGGGCGCUGCUGGUGACGCCCCCCGUCCUCAAGAAGCUGCUCAUGGCCAUGAACGAAUGCACCGAAUGGGGUAGGAUCACCAUUCUGACCGUGCUGGCAGACUACGCUGCCACCGACGUCAAGGAGUCGGAGCACAUCUGCGAGAGGGUCAUUCCGCAGUUCCAGCACGUCAACCCUAGCGUGGUCCUGGCUGCUGUCAAGGUGGUCUUUAUCCAUAUGAAGUCGAUCAACCCGGAGCUCGUGCGAUCAUAUCUUAAGAAGAUGGCGCCUCCACUCGUCACAUUGGUUGCCUCUGCACCAGAGGUUCAAUACGUCGCCCUCAGAAACAUUGAUCUGCUCCUUCAGGCCAAGCCCGACAUCCUGAGCAAAGAGCUGAGAGUCUUUUUCUGCAAAUACAACGACCCACCGUACGUCAAGAUGCAGAAGCUGGAAAUCAUGGUCAGGAUAGCAAACGAGAAGAACUACGAGCAGCUCCUCUCUGAGCUCAAGGAAUACGCCCUGGAAGUGGACAUGGACUUUGUGCGCCGAGCCAUCAAGGCCAUCGGCCAGGUGGCCAUCAAGAUUGAGGACGCCAGUGCCAAGUGCGUCCAGGCGCUGGAAGAUCUGCUCGCCACCAAGGUCAACUACGUGGUGCAAGAGGUUGUCGUGGUUAUCAAGGAUAUCCUGCGAAAGUAUCCCGGCUACGAGGGUGUGAUUCCUUCGCUCUGCAACUACAUUGACGAGCUCGACGAGGCCAACGCUCGCGGAUCACUCAUCUGGAUCGUGGGAGAGUACGCGGAAAAGAUUAGCAAUGCCGAGGAGAUUCUGGAAGGUUUCGUAGACACCUUUUUGGAGGAGUUCACUCAGACACAACUCCAGAUCCUGACGGCUGUUGUCAAGCUGUUUUUGAAGAAGCCGAGUGGCGCUCAGGGCUUGGUUCAGAAGGUGCUGCAAGAGGCAACGACCAACAACGACAACCCCGACAUCCGCGACAGAGCAUAUGUCUACUGGCGGUUGCUAUCAGGAGACUUGGAGGUGGCCAAGUCCAUUGUACUGUCACAGAAGCCGACCAUUUCAACAACAAUGACGAGCUUGCCGGCUACGCUGCUCGAGCAGCUGCUGUCGGAGCUGUCAACUCUGGCAUCGGUCUACCACAAGCCUCCGGAAGCCUUUGUCGGCAAGGGCCGGUUCGGUGCCGACGAGAUCCAGCGAGCUGCCAUUCAGGAACAGCGCCAGAACGCCGCGGAAAACCCCAUCGCCGCCUCUGUGGCUGCCGCUGCCGCCAACGGCUCGUCGUCGGUGUCGCAAAACAACAUUGAAAACCUGCUGGACAUUGAUUUUGAUGGCGCAGCACCGGCCUCCCAGGAGCAGAACAGCGCAGCGGGAACCCCUGACCGGGUGUCGAGCCCGGCGACGGGCGGCAUGGCCGACAUGAUGAGCAUGUUUGACGCGCCUCCGGCUGGCAGCUCGGGAGGUGCUCCGUCUGGCGGCAUGAACGAUUUAAUGAACGGGUUUGAGGGGCUCAACUUUGGAGCUACGACUGCGAACCAGCCAUUGCCGGCGGCGAUGCAGCUGCACAAUGCGCAAGGCGGUUCUCAGCCAAAGAAGGAUAGCGAUGAUCUUUUGGGCUUGUUGUAA